AUGUUGUUUAGGUCAAAGUCUACUCGUUAUCGCUGUCGGAAAAGAGCUGCAUCUCUUAUAGAUUCAACAUUUUCAGCUAAUAAUGAAGUGAACAUUGAGGAGAACCAAAGACUACUUCCUUUAUCGAACUCACCUUUACCUGCAGAUUUACAGCCUAUAUGUCCAGUAAAAGUAAAUACUGGUUUAAAUUUAUUUGAUUUUAAUAGUGAAAAUAUUUUGAACCACAGUUCUAGUACUAGUAGUCAGAGUAGUUCAGGUGAAGACAAUUAUACAUCAGAAAUUGAUACACACGAUGAAGAUAUUGAAGUAGUUAUUGCCAAGUGGGCAAAUAGGAAUAAUGUAUGUCAUUCAGUUUUAGAUGACUUACUAGUUUCUUUAUCCAAAUUCCAUUAUUUCAAACAUUUACCCAAAGAUUCUCGCACGUUAUUGCAUACACCAGUUAAAACUGUAUUAAAAAAUAUCAAAGGUGGAGUGUAUUAUCAUUUUGGAAUUUCAAAUGAAAUAGAAUAUUUAACAAAACUGAAACAGAAUCUGCCUUCUAAAUUGCUAUUAGUUGUCGGUAUAGAUGGACUGCCAAUAACAAAAAAUCCAGCAAGCCAGUUAUGGCCAAUACUUGGCUAUUUUACUAAUUUAUUUACUGAUAAACCUAGGGUAUUCAUAAUUGGUGCUUAUUAUGGGAAAUCUAAGCCAGAUGACUGCAAUGAAUAUUUAGAAGAUUUUGUCGAUGAAUUAUGUAUCUUAAAUGAUGUUGGAACUAUCAUUAAAGGUAAUAAAAUUAAUGUAAUGCUCAAAGCUAUCAUAUGUGAUUCUCCAGCUAAAGCAUAUGUUCUCAAUAUACAUCACCACACUGCUAAAAAUUCUUGUUUAAGAUGUCAUACUUUAGGCAAAUAUGAAAACAAUCGUGUUUAUUUUCCUGAUUCGUCUGCUUCUAUGAGAAAUCAUACUGAAUUUAUAUCUUAUUCUGAUAAAGAUUUUCAUUGUGGUGAAACAAUUCUGACAAAUAUACCUAAUUUUGACUUAAUCAAUAAUAUACCAUUUGAUUACAUGCAUUGCGUAUGUAUUGGAGUGAUGAAGAAAAUAUUAACGUUUUGGAUUGGUGGAGUUAAAAAACAUCAUUUGGCUCUUCCCAAAAAUUUAAUUUUUAAUUUAGACAAAAAAAUUAACAUACUGGGAAAGUAUAUCCCAUGUGAAUUUCAAAGAGCACCAAAUGAAAACAGCAGAAAGCAUCCACUUCAUGAUGCAUCCCGAUUAAAAGCUUCAGAAUUAAGACAAAUAUUAUUAUACACUGGAAUGGUUAUUUUUCCUGAUAUAUUAAGUCAACAAAUCUAUGAGAAUUUCAUGGAACUCUGUGUAGCCAUGAGAAUUCUUUCAACAGCAAAUAUUUCAGAGGAAUAUACAGAAUUUGCCAAAUCAUUGGUAAAUCAUUUUGUUGAUUCUUUUGGUAAACUGUAUGAAAAAUCUUACUUAUCCUCUAAUAUGCAUAUAAUACAACAUUUGGCUGAUGAUACCAAACAAUAUGGGCCAUUAGACACUUUUUCUGCUUUUCCAUUCGAAAACUACAUGCAACCCUUAAAAAAAAAAAUCAAAAGUGGUGUAAAACCACUUCAGCAAUUAGUAAGACGGUAUGCCGAAGAUCAAAUACUUUUUAAAGAUGAAAACCAAAAAUAUAAAAUUUCACUUGGGCCUGUCAAUUAUCGAUGCACAAUAAAAAAUAGACCAAUGACCAAUGAUGUCUUUGAACCACAGUUCACGGGUUGGAGGAUGAAACGGUUUGUUAUAAAACUUAAUAGCUCUGAUAAUUGUGUUAAAAUGAAGAAUAAUGAUGUGGUAAUUAUUGAAAAAAUUGCUUCAUCAAAAUUAGAUGGCAAUAUAAUGAUAAUUGGAAGAAAAUACAAUACAGUUAAGAAUUUUUUUGAAAAGCCUUGUGCUUCAAACUUGUUAAGUAUAUACAAUGCAUCUCAACUUAGUCACCUUCAAUCGUGGAUGUUAAGUGAUAUAAAAGAAAAAUUAAUGUGCUUGCCGCUGAUCGAUUAUGACAUAAAUAACUGUGUCAUACUGCCUCUAUUGCAUUUACAAUAA